CGCGAGAUUGGCCUAAUGAGACAGAGCGAUGGCACAGAUGCACCAAGCUUUGUAGGCAGUUCGAGUGGCAUUCACUUCGUUCGUUCUGUAUACCAUGCGCUGGCAAAAUCUCGCGUACAAUUGGCCCCUGCAACGCCCGAUCAAAACAUCGUGCCUGGUGAAGAGGACCAGCUAGACGAUGUAGACGAUGCCGUCCCAUACAGUCCAAAAUCUCUCUGGUCCACCAACGAAAUCCAGGAAGUUACUCAUGAGCUUCCGCACUUCGAUUUCGACGAUUUGCAGACAUGGAGCGAGAGCUACUUUGAAAAUUGGCACACUGCUUACCCCUUUGUUCAUGCACCCACCAUGCUCGAAUAUCUUGAGCAACACGUACAACCGGAUAAUCUACGAGCACUGUGCGAGCAGCGGAGUCCACAGCUUACACUCCUACGCUCCAUGAUAUCGAUUUCCCUUGCCGACCGUAGGCAAUCGGAAAGCCCGUCCAUGAAGCUGGUUCCUGCGUGCCUUGUCUUCACGUCGUUCAGGGAAGCCAUGGAGAGUGUGCAACACAUGCUAUUCAUGCCAUGUUCGAUUGACGCACUUCAAGCAGUCGUCUCGGUACAGCUCUUCCUUGUAUCUAUGCUACGACUGAAUGGAGCAUCAAGACUUGGUGGUAUGAUUGUGAGAAUGGCCUUCCAGAUGGGUCUGCACAGAUGCCCUACAAGAUAUGCAAACUUUGACGCUGAUCAAGCUCAGCUUCGUCGGCGACUGUUCUGGACAAUAUACUGUAUUGAUCGACAUCUUUGUCAAUCUCUAGGUCUGCCACUGACCAUCCGCGACGAUGACGUGGAUGUUUGUUACUUCGACGAGGAGAAGCAUGCAACUGGAGGACGUCACAAGGCAGUCAUGGACGAUCGGCUCAGAAUACUAGACUUUCUCAUUAAGCAUGCUUCGAUCAAGGGCCAGAUCGUUGAGCUCCGCAACAAGUCCAUUCAUCAACGAACUACCAACCACGAUCUCGCUACGCUGAUCGGAGCGAGAAUUGGCAAGUGGGCCAACGAUCUUCAAUAUUCGUUGGAUGCCGCCGAACACAGUGAACCUGGUCGAUUUGGCACAUUACAUGAGGUCGUCCUUCUGGUCUCUCAACAUGAAUUGAUCAUCUCACUCAAUCGACCUCUACUUGCAUUGGAGAAGCAUACACCAGAGUAUAUGGCCGCUCUGCAGACAUGUAUCCGUGCUUCUGACACCAUCAUCUCUGCUCUUUUCAAAUACCUCUUCUUCCGACGUAUUCAGCGAGGUGAAGGACCAUCUACAGCACCUUUAGUAUGGCCUUCACUGACGUGGUGCGUAUGGAUGAGUUCUUUCAUCGUGCUCCACGCAGCAAUCGAAGGCGAGAUGCCAAAAGAUAUCGCCAGGAAUCUCGCAAAUAAUAGCGUGGAAAUCCUCAGACAUCUUGCACUCCGAGGAAGUGUUUGGCCAAAUGUUUGUGCAGUCGCUAUCAACGAUUUA